AUGGCUGCUAUUGGCGAUGGUAGAGCUCCAGCGGAUCUCGAUGAGACUACUCUGAACAUGACCGGCGGUCCGCGCCCAAGGAGACACGACGACGAAGAUGAUGGAUCGGAUAAUUAUGGUGACGACGACGUCGACAGUGUUACCAGCGCCGCUGUGACUGGCCGCAGGCAAAAUGAGGGCAACCUUGAGGAGGAGAAGGAGCUACCUCCGCAUGCAUGCGCUUAUUGCGGUAUUCAUAAUCCGAGCAGUGUGGUAAAAUGUCUGGCUUGCAGCAAGUGGUUUUGCAGUGCUCGUGGGAACACAUCCUCUUCACAUAUCGUCAACCAUCUUGUCCGAGCUCGCCACAAGGAGGUUCAGCUUCACCCCGCCUCGUCUCUGGGCGACACUAUCCUAGAGUGUUACAACUGCGGAACUAAGAAUGUUUUUUUACUGGGUUUUAUUCCAGCCAAAUCCGACACAGUUGUGGUUUUGCUUUGUCGUCAGCCCUGCGCUGCCAUGCCGUCUUCAAAGGAUAUGAACUGGGACACUUCGCGCUGGCAGCCACUGAUUGAGGAUCGCUCAUUCCUGCCAUGGCUUGUUGCCGCUCCAUCAGAUCAAGAGCAGCUCCGAGCCCGGCAUCUUAGCCCGCAGUUGAUCGCAAAACUGGAGGAAAUGUGGAAGGAGAAUUCCCAGGCGACUUUCGCGGACCUGGAGAAAGCGACGGCGGUAGAUGACGAGCCCGCGCCUGUUCUCUUACGUUACGACGAUGCUUUUCAGUACCAAAACAUCUUCGGUCCCCUGGUCAAGAUUGAAGCAGACUACGAUCGUAAGCUGAAGGAAUCUCAGUCACAGGAUGGUCUCAUCGUUCGUUGGGACCUUGGCUUGAACAACAAACAUCUUGCCAGCUUCAUUCUGCCCAAGCUCGAGCUUGGAGACGUGAAAUUGGCCGUGGGAGAUGAGAUGCGCCUCAAGUACACGGGUGAGCUACGUCCCAAGUGGGAGGGUGUGGGAUACGUCAUAAAGAUUCCCAACAAUCAGUCUGAUGAAGUGACGAUCGAGUUGCGCGCUAAGGGCGAUCACAAGUCCGUACCCACCGAAUGCACCCACAACUUCACUGCGGACUAUGUCUGGAAAUCAACCUCAUUCGAUCGUAUGCAGCUCGCCAUGAAGACAUUCGCUGUUGACGAGAUGAGCGUGUCCGGCUAUAUUUUCCAUCGCCUCCUUGGACAUGAAGUUGCCGCUGCACCGAUGAAGACUCAGCUACCGAAGAAAUUCAGUGUUCCUGGCCUACCGGAGCUCAACGGAAGCCAGAUCAAUGCAGUUAAGAGUGUGCUACAGCGACCCAUGAGCUUGAUUCAGGGUCCCCCAGGAACCGGAAAGACUGUUACGUCUGCUACGAUUAUUUACCAUCUCGCCAAGAUUAACGGAGGUCAAGUCUUGGUCUGCGCGCCAUCCAAUGUUGCGGUCGAUCAGCUGUGCGAGCGUAUUCACAGGACCGGUCUCAAGACAGUACGUGUGACUGCAAAGUCGCGUGAGGACGUUGAGUCACCCGUGGGCUUCCUUUCCCUGCACGAGCAAGUUCGCCUGAACGACAGCAACAUUGAACUCAUUAAGCUCAACCAGCUCAAGGCUGAGCUGGGCGAAUUAUCGAGUCAAGACGAGAAGCGUUUGAAGCAACUCACUCGUUCGGCAGAGCGUGAGAUUCUGAACAAUGCCGACGUCAUCUGCUGUACUUGUGUCGGCGCUGGCGACCCGCGGCUUGCUAAGCUCAAAUUCCGCACCGUUUUGAUCGACGAAUCGACGCAGUCGGCUGAGCCUGAGUGUAUGAUUCCACUGGUCCUUGGUUGCAAGCAGGUCGUUCUCGUCGGUGAUCACCAGCAGCUUGGACCAGUUAUUAUGAACAAGAAAGCGGCCAAAGCGGGUUUGAACCAAUCCCUCUUCGAGCGACUUGUUAUCCUCGGCUGCUCCCCUAUUCGACUGAAUGUGCAGUACCGUAUGCACCCGUGUUUGUCAGAGUUUCCAUCGAAUAUGUUCUAUGAAGGAUCUCUGCAAAAUGGUGUCUCUGCGUUUGACCGACUUCGCCGUGACGUGGAUUUUCCUUGGCCUGUCGUUGACAGUCCCAUGAUGUUCUGGUCGAACCUUGGCAACGAAGAGAUUUCGGCGUCAGGAACUUCGUAUCUCAACCGAACCGAGGCUACAAACGUGGAGAAAAUCGUGACUCGCUUCUUCAAGGCCGGUGUGCAACCAGCCGACAUUGGUAUCAUCACGCCUUACGAGGGUCAACGUAGUUACAUCGUCAGCUCUAUGCAGGCUAAUGGCACGUUCAAGAAGGAGCACUACAAAGAAAUCGAAGUCGCAUCGGUUGAUGCUUUCCAAGGUCGAGAGAAAGACUUCAUUAUCCUUUCCUGUGUGCGUUCCAACGACCACCAAGGCAUUGGUUUCUUGAGUGAUCCGCGUCGUCUGAACGUUGCACUCACCCGAGCGAAGUAUGGUCUGGUCAUUCUUGGAAAUCCCAAGGUUCUGUCCAAGCAUCCUCUGUGGAACUGCCUACUGCAACAUUUCAAGGAACGACACUGUCUUGUGGAAGGACCCCUGUCCAACCUUCAGGAAUCUCUUAUUCAAUUCAGUCGUCCAAAGCAGUCAUAUAGAGGUCCACAACGGUUCCAGAUGGCUUACAACCAUGCAUCCAACGUCACCAGUGGAAUGAUGAACGGCCGGAACGGUCACCGAAAUGAAUUCCAUGACACUGGCUCUGUGAUUGGCUAUAUUCCCGACGAUGUCUCCUCCGUACACUCUUCUGCCCUUGGAGGUGUCAGUAUCCCCUCAGGAUAUCCACCAAUGUUCCAGAACUUUGCAGACGCCUGGCCUGCUCUUCCUGGCGCCAGACGAGCUAAUGGGGCCAGAGGAAAAGGAGCCCCUAGCGUUGCUGGGGAAUCCGUUGCAGCUACCGAGUCCGACAUUACGGGAAGUAUCAUCGACGGAAGGAGCGUUGAUCAGGGCGGGGUUAGCCUUGCUGGCUUGAGCAUCAACGACAUGAGCAAGCAGCCUAGUCUCAGUCAGUCCGACAGGUUGAAGCGUUACGUGGAGUCGGGCGGACGGGAGCCGUACAGGGCUGGCGUUCCCGACAACGGUAGCAUCUUUGGAGGUAGCUCCGCCAGCAUUCGUGUAACUCGCGGUGUUCCUGGACAUGUUCACGAUGAUGAUGACACUCGCAGCGUCUCCACCGCUUUUGCGAGCCAAGUCGGAGGUAACUACGAUUGA